UUUUGUGCGUAGCUUGACGCUGGUAGAAUGCAGCCGUUUCUUCGCAGAUGGAUUCUGCAAAAUAAUAAGGCAAAAUCCGCAAAUCCGACUGCACUGGCCUUUAUUUACAAACAUAAUUUGGGACUAGAAAACUAGUGGAUGUUACAGAAUGAUGGAUUCAUAUUGCCGACUUUGUGGGUGUAACUCUCCUGAUCUCGUCAGUAUCUACACUAUACAAGGAAAGGCAACAUCAUACGUUAGUAAAAUAAAUCGCUACCUAUAUCUCUUGGUAACACCCGAGGAUCAACUACCGAAAGUAAUCUGCUGGAUGUGCUCACAGCAGUUAGAUUCGUUUCACAUAUUUCACACGAAAAUCAAUGAGAUUCAGCAAAAGUUAUUAAAGGAUUGCUACAUGAAAUAUGUUAUUGAGAUAAAUGGAAAGCGAAAUGAUACACAUGAUGCAUUGGGGGAAUAUUUACCAGUUGAAUCCGAACAUGAUGGGAAAGCAAAAGAUGAGUAUGCUACCAUUCAACUAAUCCCUUCACAUAAAGCUGAUGAUUCGUUUUUGGUAGUGAAGACCGAAUCUAGCGCUAAUCUUACGAAUUUUGAUAAGCAAAGCAGGCAAAUGAGCACACUACAAAAGGAUAAAACUGAAUCAUUAGUAGAAGUGUUUGAAAUAAGAAAGAGCACUCGUAGAAAUAUAGUGUCCAGAAACCGAAAAACAAAAUAUCAAAAAGAAAACCAAAUGGAAAGCGGUGACGAAAACCAUGUAAAACAUAAAAGUUUCAAUGUGAAAUAUCCUGAAAAUCUUCGAAAUGUCACAGAAUCCAAAUUUCUUCAACAAGAUAAUGAUGAAUCGUUAAUAAGUGCAAGCUCUACGAAUGCUACUAAACUACCGGCUUCAAAGGCAUUAGAAACAUAUGUGCAGUCAAAUCAAACAAAAGUAGCAAAUCAUACUGCCGAAGAGAUGAGCGAAGGCGAAAGUGAGAAUGAGUUUCCCGCACGUGAUUCUGACAAUGAAGAAUGGCCAGCAGCAGAAACAAUGGAAAAAUUUCCAACAAAGAUCAUACAGGACGGACUGUUAACAGUAAAAGGAAAGGAAUUAAUGCAAAUGAUAAAUAAUUUCUACAAUCUGUUAUGCGAUAUAUGUGAAGGCAGACCCAAACGUUUCAAAACUUUUCCAGAUCUAUUUUCGCAUCAAAAAACUAUCCACAACCAAGAGGGACAUGUACUAUGCUGCCAAACUAAAUUUUUCCGCUAUCCAGCAAUUAUAAUGCACAUGGCUCGUCAUAUUCAACCGGAAGCCUUCAAAUGCGAUAUUUGCGGUUAUAUGGUCACGAGACCUCGGUUUCUUAUUUCACAUCGACAAACACAUUUACCAGAAGACCAAAAACCAUACGCAUGCAAUCAUUGCCCAAAGCGAUUUUGUUGGAAACGUGCACUCCAUGUCCAUCUCAACUUACACAAAACACCUGAAGAACGAGUUGUAUAUGAGUGCCUUGCGUGCAAAAAAACAUACGAUACUCCUGGUGGUCUGUCCGCGCAUAAGAAAAAUGUGCAUGUUAAUCCGCAAGCUCCGAGAGUCUCGCAUGUAUGUGAAAUUUGCGCCAAUAGAUUUGCUACAAGUUCUGGUUUAAAAGAACACAUGCUCACAAUCCAUCAACCGCGAGAGAAAGGACUAAUGCAAUGUCCUGAGUGUUUCAAAUGGCUGAUGAAUAGUCGCUGCCUUAAAGUUCAUAUGCAGUUGCAUUCUAAAGAAGAUUUACAUUGUGGUCAAUGUAAUUAUUUGACGAAAAAACAAUCACUUCUCAGGCGUCACAUGAUUACACACCACCAAGAAGAAAGGCCUUUCUAUUGCGAAAAAUGUGGCAGCACAUUCAAGCACAAGCGAGCGCUAACCGUUCAUAUUGGGAUCAAACACGGAAUUGAAAAACACAACUACAAAUGUAACUUUUGCGAUCGCACAUUCGCUAGUUCCACUAACUUUUAUACACAUCGAAAAAAUAGACAUCCCGAUGAACUUGCAUCAAUGAAGGAACAUAAGGAGCAAGAGAAAAAACUACAGAGAAUAAAGGCUGGUGUAGAGCCUGACGACAUCCCGUCCUCUAAAGAGUCAACUAUUACAACGGCUGCAGAUGGAACUCGCAUUAUUACGAUUAGUAGUAGAGAAUAUGGUCUUCAAGAACCAAUGGACGAAAUGAUCGUUCUAGAUGCUACAGAUUAUACAUAGUUUGAAAAAUCUACAAUAACUGCAGUAUUUUCACAUAUUUUUUUGGUGUUCUAAUAGUGAAUGACAAUGAACUCAUGUCCUGGGCUCAAACUUAUUUGUGCCCACUGUCAGCUGUCAGAUAAAGGUGUAUGACAAUCACGGUAAUAUGCUAUCUUGUUUACACAUACGUUGAGAUGUCUGCCCUUGAAACAUGGCGCGAUGCCAUUAGGCUGAAAUUAAUGCUUCAUCUGAAUAAUAA